CCAACCAGAUAAGAUUGUCAAAUCGUUGAUUCCAGAGUGGAAUAGUUUAGUUUUCUUUGAAGUUACUCCAGUUUCAUUUCAUCAGGUAAGAUCUUAUUUGAAUGUAAAAACAUUUAUUUUUACUCUCAAGUCUCAAUAACAAUAAAAUUAUUGAAACUUCACAGAAUUGUAAUCCAGGUAAUCUCGCGGUAAUAUUUUAGCCGUUUUGCGCUGUCGAAAUACAAAAUUCAUUUGCAGUGUUUUAAAAUCGAGCUAUCUUAAGCACCUAUUUGCUUUCGUGAUUAUUCAGGUCAUUUUGGGUUUUUAAACUUAUUUUAUAGUGACACCGGCAGUUCUUUGCCACCUGUUAUUAAAGUAAUUAGCUUUACAUGUUAUACACAAGUGCUCAAUAUACUGUGCUAUAAACCUAUAUCACAUGCAUAUUCAUGUGUAAAUGCAUGCAAUGUAUGUUUACUUGAUGUGAGAUUCCGACGGCGGGAUAUAAAAAGAGUACGUUUUUUUAAGUAGCUACUUUCAAUUUCUGUUUUCAGUUUCGACUUAAAUAAUUAUCAGUAAUGGCUUCUUCACUAAUUUCACUACUCAAGCAGGAAUUACUUUCUUCGAAGCAAAAGAAAGCGAUAAAACCAUUAGCUACAGCUCUUGUGCUUUGGGGCAUAGAGCAGUUGUUAGAAACAACAAAGUAUUAUGACUGCCCUAAAGAAGGCCAUGCCUUGUACGGAGGAAUGUUUUUAUUUGGCCCAGCAUUCUGUUUGUUCAUGCUUACUUUGAUGUCGACCAAUUCCUUCUGGGAUUCAAUUACAAGUUGUUUUCGAAAAAACGAGAUUAACCGCAUCGUCGCAUGUCGAAAUGCUUGUUAUGGCUUAACAAAAUCAGCAUUGGUUGCACUUAUUUGGCUUCUUCUUUCCCUUGGCACGACAGACCAUUUUGUGUGUUUUCGUCUUGGGGCAAACCGUAAAGACGCAAAUGAAGUGAUGAAGAUGAAGAGACUGUCUUCCGUUUUAGCUUGGUUCAUGCUUGUCUUGUCUGUUUUACUGGCCAUUGUUUAUAGAGCUGUUGAAAAAUGUUGUUUUCUUGCCAGUCGGGAAUCCAUCGGAACAUUACUUCGCGACUACAAAAGAAUUGAAGAGGAAGCUGCUAUAUCAACGUUUAAGAAAGAAGCGAAAGCGCUUGCAAAGCGGGAAGGCGAGAAUCAGGUAAAAGCAAUUCUUAGUGAAGUUGACGACGGCAAGACUGCAAUGGAAGUUGUAAAGAAAGCUAAGCAAUGGUUGAUUGAGAAAUAUUCAAGAAAAAAGAAAGUGGAGAAAAAAAAUUACCAGGAAAAUGUAGAAUUAGUUGAUAUUACAACUGAACAUUGUGAAGACAGGAAGAGAUGUCUUCUGGAUUCCCCAAAUGUGUGACUUUGAAACAAUAUCAUACGACCUGAGUUCUGAUAUUAUUUGAUAUAUAGUUAUAUAUAUGGUAUAUAUUAUAUGUGUAGUAUACAUUUUAUCAUAUACAACGGCAAGGCUUACACAAAGAUGCGACGAAUGACAGUUGUGUAAUAGAAAAAUAAUGUUUAAGUUGGUGAGAAAUAUACUAUAUACAGUAUAUAUAGGCAUGUUUUAAUCAUUUCAGAUAAUAAAUUUGGUAUAACCAACGUGUAAUCAUGCGUGAGGUGUAAUCACCCAGAUAACAGCAUGCGUCUAUUUCAUUUCAUAAAAGCUUUUUUCAAUGUCUAAAAUCAUCUCACAGUUCGCUAAAUCCCCUUAUAAGAAACAAAAGCUUGCCUUCCUAAAAUAUAUUUUUGUUUCAUGAAAGACCAAAAGUUCACGUUGGGGAAGAGCAAUCUCGAAUUUUCUUCCUAAAAAUCCUGGAUACGAAACUGGGGGAAGAGUUGAAAACGUUUCGCAUGUAGCUUUCAUAAAAUAUAAUUUAGUGGCUUUUCAGGUA